ACGGCCGCGCGUGCCCGGGGUUGGCGCGCGCCCCCUCCCCACGUGGUCGCGCUCCCGCUUCAAACACAAACAUUCGGCGCCGCUUAUUGGCUGCGCGCGGGCGGAAAACCGGCCACCGGAGACCGAACUGUAACAGAUACCGACAUCACACCCGGACCCGGACCGGGUCACACCGGGACUGAACCGCGUUACACCCGGAUUGGGAUUGAGACCGAGACCGGGACUGGGAUUGGGAACGGGGCCGAACCGGGUCACACCGGGACUGAGACUGGGAACGGGACCGCACCGCGUUACACCCGGAUUGGGAUUGAGACCGAGACCGGGACUGAACCGGGUUAUACCGGGAUUGGGAUUGGGAACGGGAACGGGAACGGGGCCGCACCGGGAUUGGGACUGGGACCGAACCGGGUCGCACCGGGAUUGGGAUUGGGACCGAACCGGGUCGCACCGGGAUUGGGACCGAACCGGGUCGCACCGGGAUUGUAACCCGCACCGGGAUUGGGAACUGGACUGGGACCGAACCGGGUUAAAACCGGGAUUGUAACCCGCACCGGGAGAGGGACUGGGGCAGGGACCCCGUUGGGACAGGGAUCUGGGCCGCAUCAGGAUUAUAUCGGGAAAGGAACCUGGAUCGGGAUUGCACCAGGAUUACACCGGGAGAGGGGCCCGAGACGAGACGAGGGUAAUACCGGACUGAACCCGGACCAAAUUGACCCCGGACAGCACCUAAAUCGGUACAAAUACCGGACUGAACCGGGACUGCUCAGUUCCGGGAAAACCGGACCAGUCUGACCCAGGACAUUACCGGCAGGGAGCGAGACUGAGAGCGGGACCGGACACCGCGGAUCCGGGGUCCGGACAAUAAACUGGAGGAACGGGCGAGCACCGAGAGCGCCAGCGGUAACACCCCGGGGGAGAAGCUGGCUCCGGGGACCUUAACUCGCAGCCAGGACAGCCGGCAAAGCCGGGCACAGCCGAGCUGAACCCGGGGGAGGGUGAGAGAGAAAAGACAGGCAACAGAGCGACACAGCCAUCGGGGGAGAGCGGCUGGUAACAGCCGCCGCCAGGAACCGAGAAAACGGUUCUGACAGUUUCCCUUGUGGUGUCUGUGUGGAGAAGGCCACACACACUCCAUCACAACGACGGCUUUUGCUUGCGUUUUCCAGUGUUUCUUCUGUCAGAGAGUGCAUCAGGCCUGUAACUCUUCGACUGCCAGCCCUGAGCUCAGCAGUGAAGAACACCCGUUGGAAAUGGUAAAGAUGACUAAAUCAAAAACCUUCCAGGCAUACCUGCCAAACUGUCAUCGGACGUACAGCUGCAUCCAUUGUCGAGCUCACCUGGCCAAUCACGACGAACUGAUUUCCAAGUCGUUCCAAGGUAGCCAGGGACGUGCAUACCUGUUCAACUCCGUGGUGAAUGUGGGCUGUGGCCCUGCUGAGGAGAGAGUGCUACUGACAGGAUUGCAUGCUGUAGCGGAUAUCUACUGUGAAAACUGCAAAACCACUCUGGGAUGGAAAUACGAACAUGCCUUUGAGAGCAGUCAGAAAUAUAAAGAAGGAAAAUUCAUUAUUGAAUUGGCCCACAUGAUUAAAGACAAUGGGUGGGAAUGACCAGCGUGCUGCAGACCCCUGCUGCUAUUUUAAGACUGUAUGAGGCUGAUCUAAUGGACAGAAAAUGCUCUGCUAUGGGACAGCUUAAUAACAUUUGACUUUUUUUAAAAAAAACCUUACAGCUGAACCAUUGAUGUCGCCUUCUUGUCGGCCCUUUUUGCUUUUUUUAAUCUCUCUGUCUAGGUUUGGUGUUCUCUCCUGUGAAACACUGUGUAGACAUCUAUAGAGGAAUUGUUGUUUCCUGCGCUCUUUACAGUUUGAGUGAAAGAAGAAUAAUUGAAGUUUUAUUUUUGGGAAGUGUAGCUUUAUAAGUGACUUCUGAACUUGGCUGUCCUCCCUUCCCUUUCUUUAAACUCCACUGUGUAUCUCUUCUAUAGCUGUGCAUGCUUUUACACUAGACAACUGGAUGAGCUGAGCAGCAUAGAGGGUUGAGGAGGGAGUUAUGUAUGUAUAUACAUGUAUAUUAAUGGAUAUGUGUAUAUAUCAUACACCAUAAAUGUAGCAAUUUUAUUUUUUAAAAACUUGUUUUGGGAUUGGAAUAAUGGUCACAAUGUUGUGGCGUUGAGAUAGUUGAAUCCCAUUAUUUGCAAUUGAUUUCUUCUGUUACUUCCAAACUGUGGCUGAUGUCCAGAAGGCAAGAAUCUAGUGUUCAACAGCUGCAGUGUUGAUGGGGAACAGUUGGGGGAGAAAGAGGAACCACUGAAAUUGAUUUUUGAAGAACAGACAUGUGGCUGGUUCCAUGUAUUGCCGUACACUAAUGCACUGGAUAAAACCGGGCACAAAAGAGAAGUCUUCUGGAUGUGAUAUCCGUUUUCUAAGUGUAGAGCUGAGCUCCCCGGUCUUUGGACCGUUAUGACUUUAAAUGAACGCAGGAAGUUCCUUUGCACAUGCCUGGGAAAUGGGGAUUCAUAACUAGACACAUUACCAGAACUUUGUUUUUGUUCCUUUUAAAAUAAUUAUAUAUUUUUACCUUUAUUGCAUUCUCCUGUUAUGAUCCUUUUUUUUUUGGCAGAUGGCCAUUCCCUGUUGGAGUGUGGAUAGUUUUUUUGGGUGCAAUGGUUUGCUGGUUAAAUCAUUUUCUUUUGUCGUGUGGGCUCACUACAUGCAACGGUGCACUCUGCUGCUAAAAGUCUCUUGUGCAGUGUUAACAGGAAGGUCUAGAAAAGAAAAAAAUUCCUGCUUUUGUGAUGUUUUUCCUUUUUUUAAAUUUUAAAAGGUGUCACAAGUGAGAUUGCUCUCAUUUCCUAUCAAAUAAAUAGUGUUUCUAUCACUGCUUAAAUGUAACUUUUUGUUUGCCUGCACUCUUGCUGUCAGAAUUCUGUUUCCCUGGUGCGGUGCAAUGAUUUUGGAACUCUUCGCGGAUGGGUCCCAGUUACAUGAGCGCCGCUGAAGGAGGGGAAAAAAUGGGGCCAGUCUGGUUACUGAGCCAAUUUCCAGCAGGGUCACACUACAGAAAUUAUAUACUUGAAGCAGACUACAGAUGGAAAAUCUUGUUAAAUCAGUUUCCCUAUAUAUAAAAAACAUUUUUUGUACAUUUAGAAAAAGAAAAAGCAUAUUUAAGGUUUUAUACAUAUUUUUACUGGGUAAGUUAAUUUUGCUUCCCCUGCCUGAGCACUUUUGUUCUCUGGAACAUGUCUUUUGUUUCCAUAACACACACUGUCUCUUUGUAAGCUGAUUUAAAAGUUUGUUUCCUUUAUUUUUGAGAAAUUCUCUCCAUUUUUAACUUUUAUUUUUAAUAAAAUUGAUUUAUGGGGCUGGGGUGGUGGGGAGUGGAGGCAGCUCUUCCUGGUUCAAUCUGGGAGACCCAUGAGCUGGCCGAUCCCAAGUAAAAUCUGUUGGUUUAGCCUUCAGAGACUGGGUAACACUUUUUAAACUUUUGUAUUUUUCUUUCCCAAAAUCAAAACAAUAGUUCUCUGAUUUUUGUUCUGUAUAGAUUUGAGGCUUUAGAGUUGUUAAUAUAUGUCCAGAAUGUGUGCAGUGCUCUGAAGAGCAAUGUUUGGUAGUGACUGAUUAGUGCAAGGGCGACGUGACAGUCUGAAGUGUGCUUUCUACAAGAAUGGUUGAUGAUAUUACAAGUUCUAAAGCUUGUUCUGCAUUAGAAAUGUAAUGAUUUUUAUGCCUGAAUUCUUUUAAUUUUUGAGAAAUAAACAUUUGAAUGCUUUCUUUCCCCCCCCACCCCCUCCUUCCCCUAUAGCUAUUGGGACUAUACAUUGCUUUGCUGAUCUGUCUUGAAACUACAUCAACUUUGUGCAGCAACUCACUGUAUUGUACUGGAGUUAAAAUAAAGACUUUCA